AUGGAUUGCAAGGGAAAGGGUAUUAGUGACCCUUCUGNGUGUGGUUCUUNNGGCGAAAAGAGUNCUUACUCUCCGGGCUCAAGUCUUGCGAUGGACAUCAAUGAAAAUUUCUCUGAGAAACCGAGUUAUGCUGGCUGCGGUAUUGAUUUAGUUAGUAGUUUGGAGACUCCCCAGGUUGCAUCGGUUAUAAACUCUCUGAUGGAGGNUGAGAGGAAUUGCUUUAUAGAGAUUGNGCAAACGGGAGACGGAAACAGUAUCUGUAAAGAACAUGCUGAAAGUUCUGAUGCUGUUUGUUGCAAUGCUAAUGACAGUGAGAAGCAGGGNGUGGUUUCAGANGUACUUCAACAAACUCAAGGAUCGAUUUCUGAUGNUGUUUUACUGGUAAAUUGCAACAAACAGGAUGAUGGAAAGGAAAGUCAGGAGAAAAACUUGUCCUGCGUACCCAUUGUUUCUGGGAGUAUGCAAGAGAAAGGAACUCCCCAGCCUAAAGAAGAGGAAGAGUCUGAUGGCACAAUAUUGCCUACAGAGGGACAUGAAACCGAAACUGAAUUGGCUUUUGUAAAUAAUGCACCUGAAGAAUUCGAGUUUUUGGAAACCGCGGAGGAGAUAAGAAAUGACGAAGUUGGAAGUGAUGGUAUUGACUCUACCUUUGAUGGUUGUCAGGACGGAAGAAAUGAACCAUUGAGUGAUCAAGAUACUUGUUCUUCUGAUGGUAUAUCUUUCAUUCGGAGUUCUCCGUUUCCAGAUUCAAUAUUGGACUCUGGAGUUUUUAGCUGCACCGCCACGGAGAAUAAUUUGAAGUCGUCGAGUGAAAUUGAAGGCAAUAUGCCUACCGUGGUAUCCCCUUCAUUAGCUAGCACAGAGAUGUUAAAUAAUAAUGACGGCGGCCUAUGUUCAUAUGAUCUUGACGACAUCACAGAAACAGAAACAAUCAAUCCAGAUUUGAAGUUGGUACAUGACGAUGAGCUUCAUACUGAUCUUUUCGAGAAAAAUGAAAAACUGCUAAAGAACCGUGUUGGGCAUUUAUCAAGUGAAACUGCUGUGGCCGCUCUGAGUAUGAAUAAUGAUAUGACUGCUGAUCUGAGAGCUGAAAAUUUCAAUCAGAUAUCACCAAUAGAUGAAAAUACCUUAGGUAUGGAAGCCAACUCACUUAUUACUGAAUCUUCUUUGAUAUGGAGUUUACCAUUGAAAUUUGGAAAUGGAGGCAUCGAACAUCAUAAUCCUGACAAUGCAGUAGAACCACUCAGAAUAGUAGAUGGCAACGGUCGAAUUGGCGGUGAAGUUGCUUCUGCAUCUGGGACUAAUUUUUCUGAAACUGGCAUGCCUAGUUCACGAAGGAGGGCCCGAGAUGGUAAACAGUGUAAUAUGGCGCAGACCAAAAGGAGUGCUCCUCAUCCGAGAAAACCCUCAAAGAAGAAACAAUCAGAAGGAAAACUUGAAUCAGUUUUCAAGUGCUCAAAGCAGAAGAGGAGCUCUGUUUCAAAACCAGGCCGUUCAUCUCAGUGGGGAUUACCAAGUAGGACUGCUGAAAUCUUCUUACAGAGCAAUAAUAGUCCCUAUGAUGGACCUCCACAUCACGAACCACAUAAAUCUCAAAGCUGCCCUAAAAAUGGAGAGCGUAUUAGUUCUCACAACGGAUGUGUAGAAGGAUCUAACAGAAACAUCCAACCAUCAAGUGUCUCAGGCCUUCGUUUGAAAGUUAAAUUUGGUAAUGGCCAAAAUCCUCUGAACAUUACAGUCUCUAAGGUUAGCGGUAACUCUUUGCCUGCUAAUGGUAUUGUGAAGGCGGGAACAGGAUUAGAAUUGGCAGGGUCAGCAAAUUUCGUCGAGGAUAAACUGCAAACUGUGGAAACUAGAGAGCAAGUAGAAGAGAAACCUGUGGAGAAACUUUCAUAUCAGCUGUCAUCUGAUUCCAUUAGGGAUGAGAAAAUUAACCAGGACGCUGGGGGGUUAUGCAGGAAGCUGGGUGGUGAUGUUUUAGUUGAGGACCCGCACCUUUCCUCUAGUAUAAUGGUUGAAGAGUGCGAGAGGGCUACCGGAACACGGUCUCUGGAUGCAGAAACUUCUCCAGAUUCAGAAGUUAUCAACUCUGUUCCUGAAUCCAUUGUUAGCAUUGGACCUAAAGGGGGUUUGCAUCAUGGUUUUUUCAGCACUCCAGAAGAUCUUGUCAACAAGAACAGAGGAUUAGAAAAAGAAGAUGAUUUGCGCGCUUCAAGAUCUCCUUUGGCCAAUGAUUCACAUCUAAUUCCCAGCCCAAAAAAAGGUAAACAUCCUAAGUCAAAAGGUAACGGAACAAAGAAAGGGAAAUCCAAGUUUUCCGAAUCUGGCAAAGACAGGAGAAAAAAUGAAUCUCAUGUGGGAUUAGAGCAACGCAAAAAGAGUAUUGGAAGGGAUGAUAGUGAUCAUCAAGAAACAACAGGUACUCCUCUAGACACUGAUAUUUGGAAAACCAGUGCCAUUAAUGGUACCAUAUCAUCAGAUGUGACCCAUGGGGAGACGGUCAUGGACGUUCCUAUUGAGGAUAGCUCUUCCACAGAGAGUGCAUGGGUUCGAUGUGAUGAUUGCUUUAAAUGGCGACGAAUACCUGCUUGUGUUGUCGGAUCAAUUGACGAGAGCUCUAGAUGGAUCUGCACGAACAACUCAGAUAAAGAUUUUGCUGCUUGCUCAAUAUCGCAAGAGAUGUCAAAUGAAGACAUUAAUGCAGAGUUGGGCAUAGGACAAGAUGAAGCAGAUGCAUAUGAUUGUGCGGCAGCUAAAAGGGGGAAAGACAAGGAACAAAAGAGCAAACGUUUGCCAGCUAACCAAAAGGCGUGCUUCAAGGCUAUAAAAACAAACCAGUUUCUUCAUCGUAACCGUAAAUCUCAAACAAUUGACGAGAUAAUGGUUUGUCACUGCAAACCACCACCUGAUGGUAGGCUGGGUUGUGGAGAAGAAUGUCUCAAUAGAAUGCUUAACAUUGAAUGUCUUCAUGGUACCUGCCCGGCUGGUGAUUUGUGCUCAAAUCAGCAGUUUCAAAAACGGAAGUAUGUUAAGUUUGAGAGAUUCCAAUCUGGUAAGAAGGGUUAUGGGCUGAGAUUGCUCGAGGAUGUACGUGAGGGACAAUUCCUUAUUGAAUAUGUUGGAGAGGUGCUUGAUAUGCAAUCUUAUGAGUCUCGUCAAAAGGAGUAUGCUUCCAAGGGUCAGAAACAUUUCUAUUUCAUGACACUGAAUGGGAAUGAGGUAAUAGAUGCUGGUGCAAAGGGAAAUUUAGGGCGUUUCAUUAACCAUAGUUGUGAACCAAACUGCCGUACUGAAAAGUGGAUGGUGAAUGGUGAGAUUUGCGUUGGAAUAUUCUCCAUGCAAGACCUUAAGAAGGGUCAAGAGUUGACAUUUGACUACAACUAUGUGAGAGUUUUUGGUGCUGCUGCCAAAAAGUGCUAUUGCGCAUCAUCACAUUGCCGAGGGUAUAUUGGAGGAGAUCCUCUAAAUGGUGAUGUAGUUGUUCAAAGUGAUUCAGAUGAAGAGUAUCCUGAACUUGUGAUCGUUGAUGAUGAGGAAAGUGGGGAAGGAAUCUUAGAUGCAACGACUAGGAUCUUCACUGGUGAUGCUGACGUGCAAAUGGCACAGGACUAUACAAAAGUUAAUGAUUCCAAGGACCUUGCUCCUUUUAUCUCCCAAUCACAGAGCUCGGUAUCAGUAAAACUUCGAGAGAGAGAGAUUCUUCCAUUCCUUCAACCAACUGCUGUUUUGAAGGAACUUUCGACAGACAUGCCUGUUACUGCUGUCCAGCAGGAGGUUUCUGUUGAAAAGAAGACUAAGAGCAUAUCUCCCACGUCCAGUUCUCUCAGUAGACUUUCCUCGGAUGGGGCAAAUGCUGAUAAGACGGCAAAGCAUGGAUCGGGUGAAGAUAAGAAGAUACUUGCACGACCCCGUCCUCGUACGAAAACUUCUCGUUCAUCUGGGUCUAGUAAGCGAGACAAAGGGGGUAUUCUUCCUGGUGUUAACAAAGCACAAAUUAUACCAGCCAAUAAGCUGCAACAGCAGCCUAUCAAAUUUAAAGGAUCGGAGGAAGUUUCUCCCAGUGGGCGUAUUGAAACAUUUGAAGGGAAACUGAACGAGUUACUAGAUGUUGCAGGAGGGAUAAGUAAGCGGAGGGAUUCAGCAAAAGGCUACUUGAAACUUCUGCUUCUCACUGCCGCUUCCCGAGGCAAUGCCAAUAAUGAAGGAAUUCAAAGCAAUCGAGAUCUUUCAAUGAUUCUUGAUGCCCUUUUGAAGACAAAGUCGCGAACUGUUUUAGUGGACGUAAUCAACAAGAACGGUCUGCAAAUGUUACAUAAUAUCAUGAAACAAUACCGGAGGGAUUUUAAAAAGACCCCAAUACUCCGAAAACUUUUGAAGGUAUUAGAGUAUCUUGCUACAAGGGAAAUUCUUGCACUGGAACAUAUAAUCAGAAGACCUCCUUGUGCAGGGAUGGAAAGCUUUAAGGACUCUAUUCUAACACUCACCGAGCAUGAUGACAAACAGGUUCAUCAAAUUGCACGGAACUUCCGAGACAGAUGGAUCCCUAAGCCUUUUAGAAGACCUUGGCGCAUUGACAGGGAGGAAAGAUCAGAUUCCAUGAGAUCACCUAUAAACAGCAGAUUCAGAGCAUCACAAGAACCUAGAUAUGAUCAUCAGUCGCCCAGACCUGCAGAACAAAUUGUGUCUGUCAUAUCAUCAGCGGCUGCAACUCCUGAAACAGUUUCUGUAUCUGAGGGAUGUUCGGAACCUAAGUCCAGUCUUCCGGAGACAAAUGGACGCAAACGUAAAAGCAGAUGGGACCAGCCGUCUGUGACAGAAGAACAAAGAACAGAUGAAACUAAUGGAAAUCAGGAUGUCCAAGACGACCUUCCACCCGGGUUUUCAUCACCCUGCACGGAUGUGUCUGAUGCAGUUACCGCACAGCCGCAACGAAAAUUCCUUUCUCGGUUACCAGUCUCCUAUGGGAUUCCGCUUAGCAUCGUUCAUCAAUUUGGUUCACCCGGCAAAGAGGACCUGACUAGCUGGUCUGUUGCUCCUGGCAUCCCGUUCUAUCCAUUUCCACCCCUACCACCAGUUUCUCAUGGUGAGUUUUGCGCUAAGAGAAACGGAACAGUCUGUUCCUCUUCCAUGGGAAACCCGACUUGCUCUAGUGAGAUCUUACCAGCUACAACCCAGCCCAACCUUCCCUCUUGGAACAGCCCAAGUGUUGCCGGUACUGUCUCAACCGCUCCAAACCGGAAAAGAGAGUUUUCAUCUGAUAUAGGAACUAGUUACUUUCGGCAACAGAAACAGAACGUUCCUCCUUGGAUGCGGAACAACGGGUUGGAAAAAACGGCAAACAGCCCUAUACCUGGGAAUCUAACUUUAGAGAAGAAGCUCAACAAUUAA